AUGGAUCUACAAAAUCCUGAUUUUGAGAAAAUUGAUGUUUUUUGUAAUGUAACACAAAAAGUAAACAAUUCCGACCUUGAUUCCGAACCUGAUUCCGAUCUUAAUUCCGAACCUGAUUUCGGCCACAUCAAGUUAGGUUGGUUGGUUAGUAAAUUCGGGUUAGUUGAUCAAUGGGCAUUAGUUGUUCGAAUAAAUCAAGAUACUGUCAUUAUUAGCAAGCCAAUUUGCAAUAGUUUUCCAUUGAAUGUUGAAUAA